AUGUCCUUCUUCGUGAACGAGUUCAUCAUCAACCCUGUUCUUCGCCAAGCACGACGUUUAUCUGAGGCAUCUCGCUCCUCGACCCAAGCUACCGCUACCGCUACUAUUACUACUGCUGCUGCUGCUGCUGCUGCUGCUACUACUACUACUACUACUACUACUACUACUACUACUACUACUGCCGGUGGUGGUGGCGGGGCGGCCUACUCCCCGGACCCUGUACUUGACGAUAGUAGCAACCAACCCACCGACUAUUAUGCUUCCCCGCUCAGCAACUCGGCAAUCUCCUGCCCCGAUUCGCAGCAGAUGACGAACCAAGAAUCCAUCACGAGCCCAAUGACGCCCACCGUCGACGACGGCUUCCCGCGGGACCAUCUCGGCUUCCCCUUGAGUCCCCAGCAGAGAAGCAGCAGCCAGAUACCCGAAGAUGACGGCAUGAGAGCUCUCCGGACCCGGGUCCACUCCAUCCACGCUCGCGACCUGUCGUCAUCCGAGAAGGCCCGUCUCCUCCACGAACUCCUCCUCGAAAGCUACCGCGCCUCCAAGGCUACGCCGCGAGAAGCUGCAGAUGCGGGCAAUAACUGCGCAGAGCGCGAGGACGGCUCCUCGUCGCCCCCGGCCGCGACCGCCGAGUUGAGGGAGGAGCCCGUACCCCAGGGCCCGCUCGAGUCCCUCCGCUUCUGGAACGGUCCGCUGAGUGAUUCGCCCACGCCCGAGAAGUUCGUCCUGAGCCACGCCGAUCUAUCUCCCUCCUAUGCACCUAUCCGCCGUGCCAAGAGCCACUCCAAUGUCCAGCUGUCCAGCGCCCAGACCGACUCUGCCACGGCCGAGACGGUACAUCCGCCACUAGGCUGCCAGCACUAUGAGAGGAAUGUCAAGCUACAGUGUGCUACCUGCAACAAGUGGUACCCGUGCCUCCUGUGCCACGACGCGCAAGAGGACCAUCGCCUGCCCCGCUUCGAGACGCGCCACAUGCUCUGCAUGCUCUGCGGCACCCCCCAGAAGGCUUCGGACCAGUGCGUCGGCUGCGGCGAGCUGGUUGCUCAGUACUACUGCAGCGUCUGUAAGCUCUGGGAGAAUCGUCAGUCGAAGCCGAUAUAUCACUGCAACGACUGCGGCAUCUGUCGCCGCGGCAUGGGCCUGGGCAAGGACUAUGUCCACUGCAUGACCUGCUGCGCAUGCAUCCCAACGUCGAUUGAGACGUCUCACAAAUGUAUCGAGAGGUCGACGGACUGCAACUGUCCCAUUUGUGGAGAGUACAUGUUCACGUCACCCCGACCCGUUGUCUUCAUGUCGUGCGGGCACAGCAUCCACAAGAAGUGCUACGACCAACACAUGAGCGUGUCCUACAAAUGCCCCAUCUGCAACAAGAGCCUGGCCAACAUGGAGUCGCAGUUCCGCAACCUCGACGUGGCCAUCCAGGGCCAGCCGAUGCCAGCCGAGUUCCGCGACACCAAGGCUCUGAUCCUCUGCAACGACUGCUCCGGCCGCAGCACCGUCCCCUACCACUGGCUCGGUCUCAAGUGCAGGAUCUGCCUCUCGUACAACACGGUCGAACUCCAGAUCCUCGGAGGCAACCAUGCCGGUCAGACCGGUCAAAACGCCGGCGACGACGCCAACGAUGCUACUGCCACUACCGCCCAACCAGAGGUACUCCAGCAGCAGCAGCUGAUAGCAGCAGUCGAGACGGGACAUCAUCAUAUCGGGGAUGCGCACAACCAUAACAACACCCCGCCCCAGAUCAGCCGGCGCAGACACUCAUCCCACGUGGCCAUGACACGCCGACCCUCGGACCUCAUCGCCACAUCGUAUCCGCCUGCCACGGUGCGGCUGGGACCAGAAGUGCCCCACAUCGAAUCCGAUACGGAAUCUGAGGACGGCAUCUUUGGGUUCUGGCGCGGGAGCUUCGUUGCUGCCGAUGACGACGAUGACGACGAUGACAGCUCCUACAUUGAGGACAGCAGCGACGGCACGUCUGAUGAGGACGGCAAUGGCGAGGAGGAGGAGGAAGAUGACGACGAUAACGACAUUCUUUUGAUUGGGCACCGAUGA